UGCCGAUAAAUGUCAACAAUCUCUAAAUAUUGAAAUGCCGAUCAAUAUGAGUCAAGACACCUUUAAUGAAGUCUGUAACAUCUUCAAAAUCUACUGUAAUGCGGAAAACUUUUUCCUACCUUCACAUUUGGAAUUAAUUUCACAAUGCACUCGCGCAGAGAUUCUUAAACCCUUAUUUGAACAUUAUUUACCUGGUUUAUUCGGCAUGGAAAUUCCGUUUAAAUUACCAAUGCAAACUGUCGGAGACGCAGAGAUGUCAAAACCUAUGAGGAAAACGAAAUAUGAUGAAUGUAAUCUUAAAAAAGAAUGGUUGCAAAGACUAAAAUCUUAUUGCAUCAAUUCACUUAAUAAUAUAUGCGAACAAAGCCUAGAGUUUAGGCGCUAUCUUUUAGAAUUUUAUGAAAAAUUAGCCGCUGCCACAAAGGAAAAAUGA